AUGCAGAACGGCGAUAUCACCGACCCUCCUACGUCCACGACGGCCGUUGCGGAGACGACCUCCCGCUUCUUUGCGUCCGGCCCCGGGCCCUUCCACGACAGCUUUGGCAGCCCGGGCAGCGCCAGCAGCAACGGCGGCGGCUAUGGCUCGCCCAGUCAUGGCAAUGGAGACCAGACCGGCGUCUUUUGCAAGACCUGCCUCAAGAACCAGCAUCUGUUCAUCUCGUCGCUCGCCCAGUAUUUCCCAUCCGACCCCAACCACCCAGACACCCCCGAGCUCGAGCGCAAGUACUUUCGGUUCCGCCAGGGUCUCGAGCAGCGCUAUCCUCAAGUAUGCGCCGACUGCGAGCCGCGCGUGCUUGACCGCAUCCGCGACGCCGGCUACACGGCAAAGACGGACCACUUGCGGCGAAUGGUCGACUACAGCCGGCAGGUACGGUUGACGCGUGCGACGCCGCUCGACGCUGGCAACUGGCUGGGGCGGAGGCUGUGGUGGGCCGGCCUGCUGCUCCAGAUGUUGUGGCAGGCGGGCGUCCUAGGGGGCGUCUUGCUCCCUGUGGCAUCGCUCCCCAACACAGAUGAUCUCGGCUUCGACGGCGACGCCGUUGUUGGUGACUCGGCCGCUUCUCAGACUGCGAGUCGCCGUCCCGCCGUGGUCCUCGUCGAGCAUUUGCUGCGUCUACUCGUAUACAACACUGGCUUUUUGCGGUCAGCGUGCAUUGCAGCCACGCUGGCCAGCAGCUGGUGGAACCCGUUCUUUGUGCAGACCGUCCGCGGCUUCACGAAACCCUUGAUCGGCAUACCGACUUGGUAUGUCCACCAAGCUACGAUUGUCCUUGUGCGGCUCCUUCUCGCCAAGGUGACCGACUACCAGGAAUCGCUUGCACCGUUCAGCAGUGGGGCGGACGGUAAUGCAGAAGCCCCAGCACUGCCUCCCGCCGUCGCCGGCGUUCACGCCGUAGCAGCUUUUUUCAUCUUGUACCUCUACACCGUGGCGCCGCGCGCGAUCCGCAAAGACGUGCGGCCGCUCUUUGCGAAGCUGCCGGAGACGCCGUUGACGCCGCAGCGGGCGAGCGUCAGGGCCGCUGAAGAGCAACAACAACAUCAGCUACACGUCUCGGAAAACCGGCGACGCGGGCUCGACACGCUGUCGGAUGUGCUUGACGAGAUCUCGGCGACACCCCAGCGGCCGACGCCAAAGAUGCAGCAAUCUAGUCCGUUGGCACGUCGUGACGGCGGCACGAGCGGCUGGGAUGGCUGGCGACCGUCGCAAGAGUCCUAUGCUUUACCACACGGACACUCGCAGAAUGGAUUCGGCAGCCGCGGUGGAUGGCAAGCUGGGGUCCGUGGAGACCCCGGAUCAGCACCAUCGCAGCCUUGGCCGCGAGAGCAGCAGGCAUAUGGACAGGCAGCUGCUGACGUCGAUGAGAUGGACUGGACGCCCACCCAGCCGUCGUCGCCUGGACACACCCCGGCCCAGUCGCCGCACCGCGCUUUCAACACGUACGAACCUGGCGCCAGUCAGUUCAGCCAGGGUCUAUCGCAGUCCUCAACCGGCGCCUUUAGCCAGACACCUGUCGAGGCAGACCGUGGACCGUUUUGGUACAAGGUGCCGCCGGCGCCGACGAGCAUCGCCCAGCGCAUUUUCAACCGGCCCAAUGCACCGAGACUGGUACAGAAGGUGGCGCUGGGUGAUAGCGGCGAUGGAGCCGGUGCCGGUGCCGGUACCGGUGCCGACGCGCCCUUUGGCCAAAACAGCCAACAUGGUCACAGCGCCCAUGGUCGGCGGGGCGGGACGCUCGAUCUUGGUUUCCAAGGCACAAGGGGGGCUUCAUCGUCGGUCGAGUUUGCCCAGCCGUCCUUUUUCGCAGAAGACGUUGUGCCCAAGAAUGCGAACAAAGGCAUGGCUGGCCGGGGCGGCCGGGAAGGCGCAGACAAUGACGACCCGGGCAGCUACCUGUCCGACCUCUUUAGCCAGACCUUUACAUUGGGCGCUGGCGGUGCGACAGAGGAAGGGCCAGGUGACGCAGGCGACGCAGCGUUGUCGUCCGGCGGGGAUGGACGACAGAGAGCAUCUUUGCAUCGUCGACGCCCUGCGUCGUCCGCGACGUCGACACCCACCGACCACCACGCCUUCCUGGGCCGUGCUGCUUCGCUCAUGACGACACUGGCCUCGCUGGCCGCUGUCUACUGCUUGCAGGACAUUGCAGGUGGCGGCGCAACCUCCACUCCUUCUGGUUCUGGCUCUGUGUCGAGCACCGACGCCCUGGUCGUGCAGCACAUCCAGCCGUACGCGCGUCUGGUGGAGGCGGCCACAGUCGGCCUUUGCGCGGUGCUGGCGCUGUCGCGCACGACCGAGUCGGUCACACGCUGGCGCCGUGCAAGCCAUCGUGGCGGCGGCCGCGGUGGUGGUGGUGGUGGUGACGGUACUGGUGGCCCAGGCCAAGGCUCCUUCCUCGCUGCACUCGUUGGCCUUUUCCUGGGCCUGGCCAGUCUGGUGCUGGCUGCCUGGAUGGCCACGCAAAUGUGGACGAUGCUGCAGGCGGGGCAGACGCUGGUUGUGCAGACGACCUCUGGCGAGGACGCCGAGUACAACGACGAAACGUAUGAACAGACGCACGGCUGGCGCGACAACAGCGGUAGCGCUGAGCCGGAGACGCAGCGACAAGCCCUCGUGCCCACACUUUUGUGGCCGUGGUGGCAGCUGGCCUCGCUACACAGCACGGUGCUAGCCCACCAGGCGUGGAACAUGCUUGUGCCGUACUGA